AUGCGCAAUGCAGUGCAGGAAGAACUGAAAAGAUUACAGAAUCCUUUAGAUCAAGUUGAUGAUGGAAAAUAUUUGCUUGAGAAUCACCAGCUGGCCAUGGAUGUGGAGAAUAACAUUGAAAAGUACCCUCUCAGUCUACAGCCCUUGGAGUCAAAAGUGAAAAUCAUUCAGCGAGCAUGGCGAGAGUACUUGCAAAGACAGGACCCCCUGGAGAAGAGGAGCCCGUCCCCACCCUCCGUCUCUUCAGACAAGCUGAGCAGCUCGGUCAGCAUGAACACAUUCUCCGACAGCAGCACGCCCGUGAGUGUCCCCUGCCAGCUUGCUUGGACUGGCUUGCGCCACAUAUGGAUGGCCUCGGCUCUGGUUCCAAGAAAAGAUGUUGAGGUGGUUUGUGAUGGGGGGUGGGUUUGUGUCGCUUAUUUGCUGCAUGGGAGCCCAACGGUGAGGCUCUUGACAUCUUAG